UUAUCCCGUACGGCCGACUUUCUAUGAGCAUCUAAUUCUAUGCCAGGCGCAGGGCAACCUACUUACUUCCACCGUACACCAUACAGGGAGAUAUUUUAAUACAGGCAACAGAUCAGCAUGGCUCAGGAUAUUGAGACUAAAGGGACAAUCACCUCCCAGGGGGUGGACGAGAAGGCGGACUCGGAUGGUUAUAACAACAGCGACGUUGAGCUAUCGGCCAAUACUCAGGUAGAAACAGAUCUGAAUGUUACAGAGAACGAUCUCGCCGAAGCUAAGGGGUUAGCUGACCGACUCACCUUGGAAGAAAUCCGACCUAUGAUGGAGAGGGUGCUGAUAAUCCAUGAAAAUGACCCGAAUUUCCCCUUUAGCAUUAUCCAACGCAUCAAGGCGUUCCUUGGAAAUGCGGAUAUCUUCGAGAAUCCUGAGAAGCACGCCGUCUUGGUCGAGGAGAUGAAGCUCGAGGCUGCUCUCAUCACCGUUAAUAGUCCUUAUGCCGAAGUGCGUGCAGUUGUCGACAAUCACGACGAUGUCAACAUACCCUGCGGAACCAUCCGAGCUUGGAUAAUCGGCUUGGGGUUCUCGGUGCUUCUCGCUUUCAUCAAUCAACUCUUCUCCAUUCGCCAGCCAACGAUUACUGUCCAAGCGAACGUUGCUCAGCUGUUGGCGUUCCCCAUUGGAAAGGCCUUCGAAAGACUACUUCCGGACGCCGGCAUCACCCUCUGGGGCACGAGGCAUAGCUUAAACCCAGGUCCCUUUUCCAGGAAGGAACAUAUGCUCAUCACGAUAAUGGCGAACGUGUCGUGGAAUUAUCCCUAUACUAACAAUAUCAUUUGGGUUCAAUACUUGCCGGCAUACUUUAAUCAGAGCUACGCUGGCCAGUUCUCGUACCAGAUACUUAUCGCGCUUUCAACCAACUAUAUAGGCUACGGGAUGGCUGGUAUAAUCCGGCGGUUCUUGGUUUACCCGUCGUAUUGUGUGUGGCCUUCGUCCCUGGUGACGAUUGCCCUCAACGCGGCUUUUCACAACGAUAAAAAUGCACCUGUAGAGAGCCCGUUUGGCAAGAUCUUCACCAUCUCCCGCAUCAGAUUCUUCGGCUUAACGUUCGUCGCCAUGUUCGUUUACUUCUGGUUUCCCAAUUAUAUAUUUACCGCCCUGAGCGUGUUCAGCUGGCUUACGUGGAUCUCGCCGAAUAACGUGAAUCUCUCCGCCAUCACGGGCUUUUACAACGGCCUGGGGGUGAACCCCUGGCCAACUUGGGAUUGGAACACUCUUCUUUUCGAUCAAACGGAUCCCUUGAUGAUACCAUUCUUCUCGACCCUGAACAAGUUCGUUGGCGCAGCCAUGGCAUGCUGCGUUAUUGCUGCGUUGUGGUAUACGAAUACUUAUAACACCGGAUACCUACCGAUUAACUCAAACCGUGUCUUUGACAACACUGGCGCACUUUAUAACGUUUCCAACGCUGUGGAUGAUCGUGGAUUAUUCGACGCCGCCAAGUACGAGGCAUAUUCGUUCCCCUUCCUUUCAGCUGGUAGUGUCAACAUAUACUUAUUCUUCUUUGCUAUAUAUUCGUCUAUCAUAUCGUAUGCGUAUCUCUACCAUCGCCACGAAAUCAAGAUGGGCUUCGUAAACUUGGUUAACAGCUUUCGCAAGAAUAAACGUGGCUCGGUCAACGAAUACCAGGACGUCCACACCAGGCUCAUGUCGAAAUAUUCCGAGGUUCCCGAGUGGUGGUAUACCAUCAUACUUGCGGUCGCGAUCGCCCUCGGAUGCGUAGGGAUCGCGCACUGGGAGACCUAUACGAGUCCUGGUGUCGUGUUCUACGGACUUGCACUCUGCGCCCUUUUUGUUAUCCCUAUUGGCAUCGUCAAAGCUAUAACUGGAAUUGAAGUUACUCUGAAUGUACUCGCCGAAUUCAUCGGAGGAUCCUUCGUAGCAGGAAACGCUUUGGCAAUGAAUUAUUUCAAGUCGUUCGGUUAUGUCACUUGCGCCCAUGCGCUUUUAUUCUCUCAAGACCUGAAGCUUGCUCAUUAUGUCAAGAUCCCGCCUCGGCAGACCUUCGCAGCUCAGAUGAUGGGCACCUUGGUUUCCACUUUCGUCAGCGUGGGUGUGCUAAACUUCCAGAUUAAUAAGAUUCCUAACGUCUGCACGGUCAACGCUCCUAACCGAUUUACCUGCCCUGGAAUUAACACAUUUUUUACGGCCAGUGUCCUUUGGGGGACCGUAGGCCCUAUCAAGGUUUUCGGUCGAGGAGGAAUGUACACUUGGCUAUUAGCCGGCUUCCCCAUUGGCUUUGUCGUCCCGAUACUCGUUUAUUACAUGAACAAGAGGUUCAAGAAGACCUGGAUGAGACAGAUACACCCAGUUGCCAUCUUCUACGGUAGUCUUUCGCUGGCUCCGUACAACUUGUCCUAUAUCUGGCCAGCUGUGCCUAUUGCCUGGUUCUCCUGGGUUUACCUAAAGCAGCGUUAUCUCGGGUUCUGGUCCAAGUACAAUUUUGUGUUGUCCGCCUCUUUCAGCAGCGCUAUCGCUGUCUCUGCCAUCAUCAUAUUCUUUUCUCUUCAAUGGACGGAGAUUGAGCUGAAAUGGUGGGGCAAUUCUGUCACGUCUCAGGGAUGUGAGCAGAGCGCCUGCACGUUGUACGAACUUGGUGAGGGUGAGUACUUUGGUCCACGCAUAGGGGAAUUCCACUAGGAGUUCAUCAUACCAACAUUUUGGGAGCACAAGGGAACGUGUUAAACUCAUAGUGAUUAUGUUAUAUAUUACAAUUCUGCCGUUGAAGU